ACUCAGUACCUGUUUUUCUGUUCUCAUGUAACUGAAGUGUCGAAACGAUACCGUGUUGAUUUUACAUUUAUUUUAUAGUCAAGUAUAAUAACGGCAACGAAAUACGCGAUAACGAAAAAUCAACGUUAAAAUCAGCAUAUUUUCUGUUAUCGUUCAGCCACAUCUGUUACAUAUUGUUCCUCCGUUCCUCGUGAUCUAGUGUACGUAGUUUUAACAAGAUUGUGCUGCAGGAUAGGAUGAUCUUGAAGAUCGAUGUUGAAUAUUUUUCCUGUGUGUGGAAUAGAAACUGACGAUAUGGAUGCAGUAUGGCUUCGAUACUCUACUGGCAUGCUUCUGGGAAUAAUUUGAUUUCUGCUGCUUUUAUCUUAUUCUUACUGCUUUGUCCUCGCAGCAGUACAGAAUGCGAUCAGAAGUUUAUAAGUACACCAGACGGUCCAGCAAAUGGAACCUUUCAUGCUCCGACGAUAAUUAACCCCGAAGGGGAUUCCAGACAAUGCGUAUAUAUAUUUUUCGCUGGGCCGCGACAACGAGUCGAAUUGAAAUUCAAUACAUUCGGCCUUCGGGGUACACCACCAGAUGGAUCCGCUGUUGGGGAGUUACCCGCUUGUGGUCACGAAUAUAUGGACUUGUACACGGAAAUACGAUCGGAGAAUACCAGCAAGUUGGUGGAAACUCCUUUCGGUGGUCGUUUUUGUGGUCCGAUCCCACCUCGCAGGCGUGUGUCUCUUUAUCAGGGAAUCGCUCUUAGUUUCUACACUGAUAAAAAUAUUACGUUCCCUAGCCUGUUCAGCGGUACAUAUGCGUUUAUCAAUGCAUCUGAAUACGAGGUGGGAACCCCAGCUCCUAGCACACCAUGCUCAUUCAAGGUAGAGUCAGAAAACAAGCGCAACGGCAGCAUAUUAUCACCUACUUAUCCGGGCACAUAUCCGAAAGGUCUUACAUGCAGUUAUCAAUUUAUCGGAAUACAAGGUCAACGAGUACGCCUCGAGUUUCGAGAUUUCGAUCUGUUCUUUGGAGGUCAACAUUGUCCCUUAGAUUAUCUAAAAGUGUACGAUGGUUUAGACAAUACGUCGGCUGUUAUCGGAACAUAUUGUGGUCAACAACGAAAUUUGGUAUUAUAUUCAUCAGAGUCUAGUUUGUACGUACUGUUCGUUACACUUCAACGUACAGCGAACACACAAAAUCGUGGAUUCAAGGGUAUCUUCGAAUUCUCUGAGAGUUUCGUUAAAUUAGACUUCAUCACCACUUACGAGGGUGAGCAUAUACGAGGAUCAGAAUGCGAUCAGAAGAUAUUGAGUAAAAAGGAAUCAUCUGGAUUCGUGGUUAGCCCAAACUAUCCAUUUCCAUAUAUACCAAAGGUUGUGUGUCGGUAUUUCAUUUAUGGAAUGCAAGAUUCCCAGCAUCUUGAACGCGUUCGAUUAGAAUUCAGACAAUUUAAAAUACCAAAAAAUAAGACGAUAGGAGAUUCAUCCUGUACCGAUGGAUAUUUGAAGCUGUAUUUGAAAGGACAAGAAGCAACAGAUUCUUACGAUAAAUUCGAUUACGAAUUGUGCGGUUCGGAGAGCAAUCCGAGUCCUGUAGUUAGCGAUGGUCCAAGACUCGUGAUGGUAUUUAGUAGCGGAGAAUCUCAAGGACAAGGCUUUAAAGCAUGUUACAGUUUUGAAACAGAGUAUAAGAUACCGGGCACCGCGGCGCCCGAUGGCAGCUGCACUUUCACGUACCGCAGUUCCUCUCGCAAAAAAGGAGAUUUUAAUUCUCCGCGACAUCCUAGUAAUUAUCCAAGCAACACAAAUUGCACAUAUGUUUUCAUAGCUACGCCAAACGAACAAGUUACCUUAAUAUUUGAUUAUUUUAAAGUUCGAACGAAAAAUACGAAUAUGACGACCGGACACUACGGAGUGGAAAUUUGCCAAGAUGAUUGGUUGGAGAUAUAUAAUACGUAUCGAGAUAAUACGGAAAAAUUAAUAGGUAGAUAUUGUGGUAAUACAGCUCCGGGACCGGUGGAAUCAAAUCUCGGUGCUUUCGGCUUAAGAGUGAUUCUGCAUUCGGAUUCUGAGUUGGUUUAUAGCGGUUUCAAAGCGCGUUACACGUUCGAAGUGGCGAAACCUAUUUUUGGAGAUUGCGGAUCGAAUAUAAGCAGUGUGAAUUAUGGAAUCAUUGCUAGUCCGAAUUACCCAAACAAAUACGAUGGACCCGCAAGAAAUCUGGCUAGUAAAACUUGCAAUUGGUUUAUAAGAGUCCGACCGAAUCAGCGAAUAUUACUACACUUUGAAGCAUUCUCGGUAGAGGGUGAUCAAUCAGUUCGUGGUUGUCCUGCUGCGGUGCUGCGCAUAUGGUAUUCCGCGUCAUCCACGCCUGUCGAAAUAUGUGGUAUUCAAACUCUAGACAAAAAUUGGACUUACCUCUCUGUGGACAAUAACAUGCGACUUAGCUUCAUAUUGGCUGAUAAAGCGGUUGGACAAAUGGGAUUUAAAGCAACGUGGACCGAAGUGAGCACAAAUACCGACUGCCAGAAUCAGUUUCUUUGUGGCGAAAAUAAAUACUGCAUUGCAGAGUCACUUCGGUGUAAUAAAAUUCGUAAUUGUGGCGCAAACGACACUACGGAUGAAGAAAAUUGUGGUAUAGUUGUACGGACGAAUAAUUACGCUCUUCCCGCGGGUAUCGUCGGUGUUGCAUUGAUAACAUUGAUCCUUUGUAUUUCGUGUAAUCUAAAACUAAGAAGACGAGUUCAAACUGUACAUCUUGAUGAUCUGCGUCAUCGCAUAGACGAGAGGCAUCGAUGUUAUCAUAAUGAAAACCUUCUUCAACGCCAUCACCACUUUCAUCAUCAUCACCAUCAGCACCAGCAUCAAUAUCAGCAACAGCAACAACAGCAACAACACUAUCAAGAUUUGACUAGUGAUUCAAGAUAUCACCUAGAAUCAUCGACUAGUCCAAUGAGCGAGAGCGAUGUCGAGGAAGCCAGCAGUCUCAACAGUGUGUGACACAUCGUGUCAUAUUAUUUGAACUCUGUUUGUUAUCUUAUUUUAUUCGCGUUACAGUUAUAUUAAACCACUGAAACGUCGCGUUUUUACCUCAUUUCUACCUCAUUUGUACUCAUCUUCCGAGGAUCAGUUAACUAAUCCAUUUUCAUGUUUAACGAGGCGUUUCAUCAUAACGAUACAGUUAUCAAUCGAUAUGCGCAAAGGAAUCUUCGAAUAAGCUUCAACUUGCUCCAAUUUUAUCAAGAUUAGUCUAUAUUCGAAUAAUAAAAAUCAUGUAUGCAUUUUUUAGAAUGAUUCAUUGUAUGUCAUUCUGUAACGCACGAUUUAUUUUCUCGUAGACGUAUGGCUGAACGCGAUUUCUAUAUCUUUCCUCGUUUUCCUUUUUUUAAAGCUUCGACUCCUUUUAAAAUACAUCAGCGUAUUUUUAAUAUAUAUAAUUAUUGGUGCAAUAUAUAGGAUCGUAUACAGAGAAACGUAAAGAUAAGAAGGCGACAAACAGCCGAGCUGUAAUUCGGCAAUAAUUUGAAUGGAAAAUAAAUCGUUGCAUCAGUUGUGUUUCAUUGAAGAUGGAGUGAAAGAAAUGAAAAUGUCCGGUUAUUGUUAACGAUAUUUCCGAAGCUCCUGAUCCUCCAAAAGAAUAAGUAAAAUAUAUUUUUACUUCGAGUUAACUAGAUUUAUCGUUAUUGUUACGUCAAUGCGUUGUCAUUGACACCUUUUUCUUAUAUUUUCUUGCAUGUAUUUAGCCGAAUCCACGGGCAAAGUAUGGUUGAAGUAAAUAACAUUGCGUUAUAUUCGUAUCUGGUUGAAAUGUUCGAUUAUAUAGAAGAACAUGUUACCACAUGCAUCCUUCCCUUGCGUAAUCCGUUCACGUAGCAUGUAACUAGUUGUACGCAACGCGCAUACAUAUUUUACACAUGUGAGAACGUGAUCAUUUCACAAAUAGUACGUACGCAAUUUCUUUGUAAAUGUUAUUUUUUUAGUUUUAAGAAUAUACAAUUGUCGAGCGAUAAGAUCUAUAGCUUGAAAUGGCCAGUUCAAGUUUACGUAGUUGCGUCCUAUUUCUUGGUGUGAUGAGUAAUAUACAUACAGUGGUUUCAUAAAUCACGAUAUGUAUAUUUUUGUGAUAAAAUUUUUGACCCCUACUUCUAUUUUUUUAAUUCGUACGAUCGAGCAACACUAUUUCAACGAUCCAAACCUACCACGAUUCCUAUUUGUUCUUCAAAAGUUUUAUAUUUCCCAUUAUCUUAGAUUAUUGUUUGCUUUCAACCAAUUAUACAAUUUUUAGACAGAACAAUUCGAUUUUAUGUUAUAUGCAACGUGCACUAACAAAACGGAACUGUUAAGAAAUACGUCGCGUAUAAGUGUAUAUGAAAUCUAUAAAUGCUGCCAUUUGAUAUAAUAGUUACAUUAUACGAUUUUAUAUAAGUGAAAACCAGACGUAAUCAAGUACAGUCGUGUUUGAUCAAAUACCGAACACGAAAUGAUUGAGCAGCAAGUUACAUUGACAAAAAAAUUUUACGCGUCGAAUUUGUUACUUUUUGCUCCUCCUUUACUUAAUAGUUAUCUUAUGUUUAAAUGUUUCGCAUUUUGCAUGAAUCUUGAAAGCGGAUUUAAUUUGUGUCUAACGAGAAGAGAAAUAACGAUAGCGAGAGAAAAAAGAAGGGGAGUAAGAACAAGGAAGCAAAGAAAAAUGUAUAGCCAAAUACACAGGGAACGAUGGUAUUUAACAUGUUCAUAGUAAAUGAAGAGAAUAACAAAUUUGAUAGGCGUGAAGUACAUCGCAUUUCUAAAAAAAAAAUCACACGAAAAAAGGAAAAGUACGCGAAAUAAUAAAGGAUGUAACAGAUCUGCGUGUGAUGUA